AUUUUGCCAGCUUUCAACUCAUGUUCAUAAAAAUUUUUUGUUCAUAAAUCACCGCAAGUGAUGGCUUCGUAUGUGGAAAAAAAUUUGUCAGUGGGUAUCGAUCUUGGAACUACCUACUCAGUGGUUGGAGUCUUCCAGAACGGCGUUAUUGACAUUAUUGCAAACGACGAGGGAAAUCGUACAACCCCUAGUUAUGUGGCUUUUACAGAUACUGAGCGCCUUAUCGGAGACAGCGCUAAAGGCCAGGCCGCUAUGAAUCCCACAAAUACGGUCUACGGAAUCAAAAGGUUGAUCGGACGAAAAUUUGACGAUGCCACUGUGCAACAGGACAUGAGAAGCUGGCCAUUUGAAGUUAUCAAUGAUAAAGGAAAACCAAAGGUCAAAGUUAAAUACAAAGGAGAAACAAAAUUGUUUUUCCCGGAGGAAAUAUCUGCCAUGGUUCUGACGAAAAUGAAAGAAACUGCUGAAGCAUAUCUCGGGUGUCAUGUAUCAAAAGCGGUCGUCACCGUACCAGCGUAUUUCAAUGACUCUCAAAGACAAGCCACGAAGGACGCAGGAACCAUUGCAGGUUUGGAUGUUCAACGAAUUAUAAACGAGCCCACUGCAGCCGCUGUUGCAUAUGGCUUAGACAAGAAGAGCCAAAACGACCGCUAUGUGCUGAUUUUUGAUUUCGGUGGUGGCACCUUCGACGUGUCCAUAUUGCAGAUUUCCGCAGGCAUAUUCGAGGUGCAAGCAACCGCAGGAGACACCCAUCUAGGAGGUGAAGAUAUUGACAAUCGGCUAGUACACUAUUUCAAGGAAGAGUACAAAAAGAAGUUCAAAUCGGAUCUGUCCGGAAAUAAACGGGCUCUGCGAAGGCUCCAGACAGCUUGCGAAAGGGCGAAGCGAACCCUGUCCACAUCGACGCAAGCAUCAAUAGAAAUCGAUUCUCUAGCCGAUGGGAAUGAUUUUUACUCCAACAUUACCAGAGCUAAGUUUGAAGAAAUCAAUUCGGAUAUUUUCUCAUCCACGCUUGCUCCUGUUGAGAAGGCGCUGAGAGAUGCUCGACUGAGAAAGGACCAGAUUAACGAUGUGGUGCUAGUUGGUGGAUCAACAAGAAUCCCGAAAAUUCAAGCGCUGCUCCAGGGCAUGUUCGAAGGAAAGGAGCUGAAUAAGUCGAUCAAUCCAGACGAAGCCGUAGCGUACGGAGCGGCUGUUCAAGCUGCCAUAUUGGCUGGCGAUACUCAUGGCACAGUCAAAGAUCUUCUUCUACUUGAUGUUACACCCUUGUCGUUGGGGAUUGAAACCGCCGGAGGUGUGAUGACUGUGCUUAUAAAGAGAAACACUACGAUACCGGUCAAACAUACUCAAACAUUUUCCACGUAUGCGAAUAAUCAACCAGGAGUGCUCAUUCAGGUGUUUGAAGGCGAGCGUGGUAUGACCAAAGACAACAACUUGCUAGGAAGUUUUGACUUGAAUGGUAUACCACCAGCUCCUAGGGGCAUUCCCCAAAUUGAAGUUACAUUCGAUAUAGAUGCAAAUGGAAUUCUAACGGUAAACGCAAAAGAACAUGCAACGGGCAAAGAAAGCAAUAUAACGAUCACAAAUGACAAAGGUCGAUUGAGCAAGCAACAAAUCGAAAAUAUGGUCAAUGAGGCCGAAAAAUUUAAAGAACAAGAUCGAGAAGUGCGAGCAGCGGUGGCCGCUAGAAACGAAUUGGAAUCCUACAUUUACCAGAUGAGAUCUUUGUUGAAUGAUUCGAUGGUCUCGAACAAAAUUGGUGCAUCAGAGAAAACUGAAAUUGCAAAAGUGUGUAAUGAGGUGGAUGACUGGCUGCGGAGCAAUUCUAAGGCUUCUGAGCGCGAGUAUGCAGAGAAAAGAGACGAAAUUGAAAGAAUUUGCAAACCGGUUAUAACGAGAAUAUAUUCAGGACAACCUGUGCCACAGAGGGAAUUUCCUGCAAAUUCAAACGACGAAGGUCCUAUUAUUGAAGAAGCGGAUUGAAAAUUAAAAUGUAUUAAUUCCGCAACGUUGUUAAACGGAGACCAUUUUUACAUAUGAAAUUCAAUAAAAGCUGGGUUGAAAUCGA